CCAGCACUGUGAGUUCUCACGCUUCUCAGCGCUAUAUAAGGCUGAAAUAACCGAGCCUAUCUUACCUACGGCUUCACGGGGGAAUGAAGUGGUGACCUUUCACCUACUUCCGUGUUCCCUGAGACACAUCAGCUAAGGUGUUUGCACAUUAUAUGACCAAUGCUCAAAGACUAGCAGUGGCUACUCACAAAUCAGCAUGUUAUCCUAUCUUACUCGCUGGGUGUCCAGAGGUGCUUUCCAGGCACUGAAGGGGGCAAGCAGUCGGCCUCAACUGGUCAAGACACCUCAUAUUGGGAAUCAGACACUGGCGGCGGCUCCUCUGCCCUUCACUGGGGGGAGUCCAGGAGUAAGGCAGGCCCGGGCACUGGACCAGGAGAGACUACUGCAGAUUGAUUGGGAUGAUGGGAGUUGUAGUUUGUAUCCAUUCACCUGGUUAAGGGAUAACUGCCAGUGUCCUCACUGCACGCUGCAGUCAGCACAAGCACGCAGCCUGCUGUUCUCAAAUCUGGACGUGCACACCGGAAUGGACCAAGUACAGCUGAUGGACAAUAAGGUGUCCAUUACUUGGCCUGAUCAGCACAGUAGUGAGUUUGAUCCUGACUGGCUGAAGAAACGGUGUUUUUCCUCUGAGGCAAGACAGGCUCUGCAAGAGGAGCUCUUCCUUAAUGAGCGUGAAUAUUGGGAUUCAAGUCUGCAGAUCCCUACAGCUGACUUUCAGGAAGUUCUACAUGAUGACAAGGCUGCCCUGGCCUGGCUAGAGGCUCUGAGACGCAUUGGCAUUGUUUACCUGAGGGGGGCGCCAGCAGAGCAGGGCCAGGUGGCCAGACUGAGUCAGAGGAUUGGCUAUCUGCGCCUCACCUUUUACGGACACACAUGGCAAGUGCAGGACAAGCCCAUGGCUAACAAUGUUGCCUACACUUCUGGAGAGUUGAGCCUGCACACAGAUUACCCUGCUCUGCACCAUCCACCUGGAGUACAGUUCCUGCAUUGUGUCCGUCAGGCUGAUCAGGGUGGAGAGAGUGAAGCGGUUGAUGGGUUUCACAUGGCGGAGCAGCUCCGCAGGGAGGAUCCUGAGGCGUUUAACAUCCUCUCCUCUCUCAGGGUGGAUUUCACAGACAGCGGUGCUGACUACUGUGACUUCAGUGUGCAGUCCAAAAACCACAUUAUAGAUGUGGACUCUGAGGGUCGAGUGACGAGGAUCAACUAUAACAACGCCACACGAGACUCGGUGCUGGAUAUGCCUGUGCAUCAGGUUCAGCCUUUCUACUCGUCUCUAAAGGCCUUUGUGGAGCUCCUCAGCAGACCUGAAAACGUGUUCACGUACAGAAUGGAACCAGGUGACUUGGUGACCUUUGAUAACUGGCGUCUGUUGCAUGGCCGAAAGAGCUACCUGUCACGAGGCCAGAACUCAAGACAUCUUGAAGGAGCAUAUCUGGACUGGGAUGAGGUCAUGUCCCGUCUCAGGAUCCUCCAGAAAGCUGUCCGUGGAGAUAGCUAGACACUUCUCUUCAUCAUCCACAGUGACAGUUAUGAUAGAAAGCAAAGUUGAUGUCUAAUCUGUACUCUGGUUUUGGGCUAGUGUUGCUUCGUGACAACUUUAAAAACAUCUCUUCACUGUAGAAAGCUUCAGGGCCUAGGGAUAUUUUCUGUCAGGCAUUUCAGUUUUGAAAAGUGGAUAUUUGUUCUUCUGUAGUUAAUAUAAUACUAUAAUCGCGGCCUUUUACUGAAGGGCUCUUGGAGUCUACAGCUCUUUCUUGCACUUAGAAAAUAGUCAUUUUCUGUCUUGACGCAUUACUUGGUCUUUGGUAUAAGGGACAGUUUACCAGAGGUAAUUCGGUUUUAGUCUUAAUAUGUUUAUGACGAUCACAAGUGAUGGUGAAAUUUUGUUUAAAACUAAAUGUUUAGCAUAUGUAUGGACAACUGCCCAAAUUAUGGUACUAGUUUGAACUAAUACAAUGGGUUUAUUCUGAAGCACUAAUGUUUUCAUCAGUCAUAUAGUCCAUGUUGCAACAAAAGUGACAUCUCUGGCACAGUUUGAGAUUUAGUUAGUGAUGUAUAUAAUUUCCCCUUUUAGCUUUUAUGUAUUUCACACAUGGUGUCAACAAAACUAAAACUUUUUAGCCAACCUUUGUUUGUCUUACAGGGAUUAUUGUUUUAACGGUCAGUACUUUUCCCUCUCCUCCACACAAACAUUCUUGUAAGACCAAUCACGAUUAAUGGUAGUUGGUAGCUUCCCCUUUAUUCUCUAGUGAACCAUACAGUUUAUAUUUGCUUGUAUUGUAAAUAGUGGUUCGGACAAUGACAAGACAUUGCCUCUUAAAGAGAUAAAUGUUUUUGUGGUACAAUUUUUUUUUUUUUUUUAUAAGCUGAUGUCCAAAACAAAGUGUCUCUGUUUUGAUAUACUGUAUGGAGAUUGGAUAGUUCAUCGGUACUCGUUUACUGAUUGUAGGCCAGUAGACCUUAAGCUCUUUGAUACUUGAAAGUACGGUGGCCGAGAGUCCUCAACGCAUUGCAAAUAGAAAAAAAAAAACACCUGCAAAUUCAGAAAACAACUUCAUCAAUUUGACAAGACGUAUGCUGCAAAUGCUCACAACACAAACAAAGAAAGAAACGCACUGCAAAUAAAAUUCUUUAUUUGGUUGUGUUGUGAGCAUUUACAGUGCGUUUCUUUAAUUGUUUGCACCUGCUGGCAAACUGGUGAAGAUGUUUUUUGAUUUGCUGGUGCUUUUUCUAUGUGCAUGUGUUUUCUGAAGUUGCAGCGCGUUGAGCUCUAGCUCGGCCAUCGUAUGAAAGGCCUCAAAUAUGAUAUUUUUAAAGAAAGAAAAACUGGCGAAUUUGUACUAAUGCAGCAACAAUGCAAAUAUAGCUCAUGUGGCUAAUGACUAAUUAGUAAAUUGCCUCAUUUUUUGUAAAUGCACAAUGUUGAUAUUUAAAAAGCUCAGGAUUUUGAGCAUCUCCAGUGGGCUUUUCUGGAUGGGAAUCCACGUAACAAUGCAAUGUUUAUAUAUAUAUAUAUAUAUAUAUAUAUAUAAAUGCUCUGGUGUUACAAAGUGUUACAAUGAUUUAGGAGGACUCUGACAGAGAUUCUUUUUUCCCCCCAAAAUGCCAAUAAAAUACAUUUAUAAUAUA